AUGCCGAAAAAUACAAAAACUUGCAAGGACAGCAGAGACGAGAAGGUAAAUGAACUUUUGACGGCUCUGAAGAAGCAGCAGUUUGUGUUUUCUCGUAGCCGAGAAAUAAGUGAUGCUGCAGUGAAAGCCAGCUACCUUAUUGCUAAUAAAAUUGGACUGGCUUCAAAACCAUUUAGUGAGGGUGAAUUUGUGAAGACAUACAUGCUGAAGGCUGCAGAGACUGUGUGCCCUGAAAAGCAUCAGGCUUUUGCAAAUAUCAGCCUGACAAGAAACACAGUUGCAGACAGGAUUUCUGAUCUUGCGGAGGAUUUGGACAGCCAAUUGAAGCUUGCAAUCGAUGAAAGCACAGAGAUUACAGAUGUUGCGCAACUGGUGAUAUUCAUCCGCGGAGUUGAUGACACUUUGACUGUCACCGAGGAGUUCGUGGAGUUGGUGCCAAUAACGGACACCACAACAGCAGCUGAUAUUGUCACCGUCCUCGUCGGAGCGUUGGACAGGGUUGGAGUGGACUGGUCUCGCGCUGUCAGCCUGGCUACAGAUGGUGCACCUUCAAUGACCGGGAGAAAAGCAGGUGUUGGGACAAAAUUCAGAGAGAAAGUGCAGGCUGCAAAUGGAAGACGUGAUUUUUGGACUUUUCAUUGUAUUUUGCAUCAGGAGGAAUUGUGUUGCAAGUCAUUGAAAAUGAAUAAUGUCAUGGAGGUGGUCGUCCGAACCGUAAAUUUCAUCCAAUCCAGAGGCCUGAAUCAUCGUCAGUUUGACAGCCUUCUCAGAGAGAAAGACCAAACUAUGGCCUGCCAUACCACACCGAGGUAA